AUGUUUGGUGCUUUUGUUAGAGGUUUAUUGUUUAGUGGAAUUGGUGGUAGUGCUGUGAGUAGUUUGGCAGACGAAAAUUAUGCAUUAAAGGAUGAAAUAAUUGAAUUAGAUGUUAGUAAAAAAGGAUUAGAAAAUUCGUUAAACUUAAAUGAUUUUGUUAAAUUAAGGGUUCUGAAGUGUGGGAAUAAUAAGUUAACUGGCCUAAACGUUAGUGGAUUAGUUAAACUUGAAGUAAUUGAAUGUUCUAAUAAUCUCCUCACGAGUGAAAGUUUGAGACUUUCAGGGUUAAGCCGCCUGGAAACAUUUCUAGGUAAGCAUAAUCUUUUUGAAAACUUAGAUUUUUUCAAAAGUCCAGAGAAUUUAAGGCAUUUAGACUUAACCGAUAAUAAUUUCCACAAACGUGAAACAACUCUGGAAAAGGAAAGCGUUGGUCUAGAUAUUUUCAGUAACUUCGUUAACUUAGAGUCAUUAAAGAUUGGUAAUUAUAGUCGCGAAACAAAGAAUGGUAAAUAUAAUCGCUUCUGUGGUUCUCUUGAACACCUAUCUGAGUUAAAAAACCUUAAAAAAUUGGACAUUAAUUGA